AUGGCGGGCGCGGACCAAAAGUCCUUCCUGGGGGCUUUCUCCCCAUGGGCCACUCCGAGAAGCUCGACUCCGCGACCGGAGAGCCAGACGAAGCCGGAAGCAUUGCAGCGAUCUACAGGAGAAGACCACACCGUGACCCACCGACACCGAGUGAACCAGCGCCUCUACCCCGCCGACUGCCCUCCGUUGAAGGUUAGAUGGUUCUACGCUGUCGAUGCGCCCAAACGCAAGCCUGCCUUGCUCGACACCGAAAAGAAGGCCGAGCAGAAGCCCUUACCCAAGCCGAAGAAAUUUGUACCUUUCUCCGUGAAGGAUUCUCUUUCAAUCGAAUCGACCUUCCAGCAGCUAUCGGAUUUCGAAGAGGCUAGCAAGAGCUCCCAACCUUCCCAAACGUCUCAACAAUCACCAACAAAAAAUGUCCCUGUGAAUGAAGAUUACCUCUUUGAUGUCAACAUUGAAGCUCGGGAAUUGAGCCCUGCUUACUGGGUCGGCCCCGUGUACGAGGUUCGCCGCGGGACGUGGUUCUUCCAAGAAGGAUCGGCACUGAGACCCUGCGAGGAGAAUCUUGCAACACAGCUAGAAGAAGGUUAUUUGAAAUUACGGCCGUGGAGGACAGAAGCGUCGGAAGGUAGUGCAAUCGACACGAGCCUCCAAGACGGACAAAAAGAGAAACCCGCGACAGCAAACCAGCAGUCUAGCGCCGGCGUGGCCAAACAAGCAGACACCUCGAAGACUUCUGCCGCAGAAGCUGGAAAUGAUCCCGCGGUGUCCUCCUCCCCCUCAAAGAAUACCGUUUAUUCGGGGCCCUGGAUAAAUACUGACGAUUUCGUGUCACGCGUAAGCACCACUGUCUUUCAGAAACUAGGUCGUGCGCCAGGUACCAAAGUCGUACGAGGCCUCCUUGACCUCCGCAAAGGCAAAGAAUCUUCUGAAAAUCGUGGGUCUGAACGGAGACCAACGGAAAGCGCUUCGAACACUGCCAACCCCAGCCCGCCCACCGGUGAGAUGGAACAAAAAGUCUUGGUCCCCGGGUCUUCUCCUUCAUUAGAGAAGACCAUAUCUACCACCGACCCAACCCCGAGACGGCCCAAGUCUACGCUUGAGCGGCAAAUGUCUUCCCUUGCCGGAGAGCCUCAAAAUUCGGCUGAGCUCGAGGAAGAAGCUCGUCAGCAAGAAGAGAAGGAGAUGGAAGAUUCGCGGGAAGUGGAGAACGAAGAUCGGGAACGGGAUAUUGAUCACCUUGUCCUUGUGACCCAUGGCAUUGGACAGCGACUUGGAUUACGUUUGGAGAGUAUUAACUUCAUACACGACGUCAAUGUGCUUCGAAAGACGCUGAAGACUGUCUACAAAGCUUCUCCUGACCUCCAAGCCCUAAACUCCGCCUUUGCGGACAGCAAGGACAACUGCCGCGUCCAAGUUCUUCCCGUCUGCUGGCGCCAUCUGCUAGAUUUUCCCUACCGCGGGGUCCGGCAGAACCGGAAGGAGCUGGACUUGACCGAUGCUGAUUCACUGGAAGACGACGCAUAUCCCAGCCUUGCUGACAUUACCCUGGAGAGUGUACCCGCUGUUCGCAACCUCAUCUCAGAUCUGGCAAUGGAUGUCUUGCUUUAUCAGAGCGGGUAUUGCGACCAUAUCUCGAAUAUUGUGAAGCAAGAAUGCAACCGGAUUCUUCAGCUUUACAAGGAACGAAAUCCUUCUUUUCAUGGGACCGUGAGCCUUGUCGGCCAUUCUCUCGGCAGUGCAAUCCUUUUCGAUAUCUUGUGCCACCAGCCAGAUAUGUCUUCCAUAAAUGAAGAACAGAAACUCGCGGCGGAUGGGAGUGAUGACAUGAAAUCGCACCGAAGACGAACAAAUGCCUUGAAUUUCGAGUGCGAAGAGUUCUUCUGCCUGGGGUCUCCCCUCGCGCUAUUUCAAAUGUUGAAAGGCAAGACCGUUGCCGGUUACUCCCCCGUUGGUGGAACCGCACGAGACCGUAAAAAUACCCUCGACUCCGAGCUCAAGUCUUUUGGAUCUAUGAAGCACUCCAAGAAGCCCUCACACAGUAACACCGAUUUUACGAACAAUUCUGCCCUUAUUUCUGCCCCGAAGUGCCGCGAUAUCUACAAUAUCUUUCAUCCUUCUGACCCAGUGAGCUACCGCCUAGAGCCCCUUAUUUCACCAGCAAUGGCCACUCUCAAGCCCCAAUCUCUCCCAUCGGUUAAAAAGAGCCUAUGGACUGCAUCUGGCCAGAGCCUCUCCAUCCUUCGAGAUCGCAUGGGACAGAGCGUCGGCUCCCUUUGGACUAACAUCACCUCCGGAGUCGCAAGCAGCUUGCUUAACCGGCACUUGGGACUCACUGCCGAGGACGCCUCUGCUGCCGCCAAAGCCAACCAGGCCACAGGCCACAAACGAACCCAGUCUGGCUCUCCCAGAGAAGCAUCGCAAGAGGACGAGCACUUCCAUAUUUUGAUUGAUCCGGAUAUCGAGACACUCUAUGAUGGGCUGCAUCAGGGAACCCCCCCCGAAGAGCAAGAUCGGAAGAUGAAGUUCGAAGAUGCGAAAGUCCGCGCCUUGAAUGCAAACGGCCGAGUCGACUAUAGCAUCCAGGAGGGAGCUUUUGAUAUCUCGCUGAUUGCUAGCAUUGCGAGUCAUCUGACCUACUGGGGCGAUGAAGAUGUGAACCACUUCAUGUUGUCUCAGAUGCUCUCGAGAAAGUCGCGACAUCGGAUGAACGCCGAGCUCCAGCAGGUCCAUAAAGUAUGGGAGCGCACUCGUACCAACAGCCCGAUCUAUGAAUUUCUUCUUAAUGAGGUGGAGAUUUAUGAAGCGGAGAGGGGGUUGGUACGAGCUCGACUCCAACUGGGCCCUCGCCAGCUUAAUUCCAAGGGCUCAGUGCAUGGGGCAUUCUCUGCGACCGUCACUGAUUGGGCGGGCGGCAUGGCGAUUGCCACUCAUGGACUCGACUCGACCGGCGUGAGCACUGACAUCCACGUAACAUACCUGUCGAUGGCGAUUGCGGGCGACUGGAUUGAGAUCGAAAGCCGGGCCAGUAAGGUUGGCAAAUCGUUGGCGUUCACCACGGUGACGAUCUCCAAACGAACGGAGGAGGGCCUGACGAUCGUCGCCCAGGGGACGCACACCAAGUACGUGCGGACUCGAUCAUCAUAG